ACUCCUACCAAGAAUAAGAACACGAUGGCAAACGACCAGGCUUCAGGUUCGAAGGCGUCAAAACUCAAGACAAGUUACAAACCAUUUCGGUCUUGGGAACCGAUUCACACCAAUGGAGAGGCGGCCAUCUCAGCUGGGCCGAGGCUACUGUUCUCUACCCUCGACCAGCUGACGAUCAUCUCUGAUCUCAAAACGGCAAAGAAACUCUGGACGAUCGAUGGCGAUUCAUCAUCUGUCACCUCGAUCUGCUGUACCAGUACUUGUCCCACUUUCCAACCCACGACAUUUCUCUUGAUUGCCUAUCGGUCUCUCGCGAUCAGGAUAUACUCGGUCGAAAUGAGCAAUGAUCCAGAUUCAGCACUCCAAGUCGACCUUCUUCGGACGACCGCACGAGCCCACGAGGCGCCGAUAUCCAUCUCAACCAGUGAUCCGACGGGCCGGCUGUUUGCCACCGGUGAUACGGCAGGCCUCGUCCGAGUGUGGGACGGACGCGCUGGCCAUUGUACACACAUCUUCAAAGGCCAUGGCGGGAUCAUCUCGGCCCUCAGCUUCGAUAUCCAUCUCGAAUCCAACCGGGCUAGACUCGCCGUUGGGGCUGGGGACUGUCGGAUCAAACUCUGGGAUCUGACGACCAAGAACCUCGUCGGGAUCUUCGAAGGUGGACACGUUUCGAUCAUCCGUGGUCUCGGAAUCACUCGUGAUGGCCAGAGGUUGGUCUCCGGUAGUCGUGAUAAAGUCGUGAUCGUCUGGAAUCUUUCCGAGGCCGAUCCAAGCGCAACUCGGAUUCUCAAGACCAUACCGAUCUAUGAAUCCAUUGAAUCCAUCGGACUCAUUUAUCCCUCUGAAGAUCAAGAAGCACAGCAACCAUCCAAGAAGAAGUCAAAGAAAUCAUCAAAGGCCGCUCGUUCUGACUCUCAACUGAAAAUCGAACAGUCACCUCUCAUCUACACCGCAGGCGAAAAAGGUCUAGUUAGACUUUGGAAUCUCGAAUCUGGAGCUCAAGUGGAUUCUGAGGAAAAUCAUCAAGAUUUCCCCAACAAGGAUCUAGUCCAUGUUGCGAUCUCUGACACCAGAUUUGAUCCAGUGAGCAAUACCCUUUUGGUCAACAAAACCGAUCAAACCUUCAGUUUAUUCACCUUACCAAGUCUUGAAUUAGUCCAACAAGUCGUUGGAUCACACGACGAGAUCAUAGACAUGUCGCUCCUUAGAACAGACUCCGCCCAAGACCAGCCGAGCCACUUAGCUUUGGCCACCAACUCCCCUCUGGUUAGGAUCCUCAGUUUAGGGGAAAAUGAAAAUGACUGCAGAUUAUUACCUGGACAUAGUGAUAUCGUACUCUGCCUGGCGAAACCGAAGGACCAAAGUUGGUUUGUCAGUGGCUCGAAGGAUAGAUCGGCGCGUGUAUGGAAGUGUUUCUCUAAAGUUGACCCAAGCAAUCAGAAAACCGGGAGGAAGACAACAUGGAAAACAAUCGCUAGUUGUGAGGGUCAUGUCCAAAGUUUGGGAGCCCUGAGCAUCGCAGAAUUCCUAGAUUCCAAGGGCAAACCGACGACACUUCUGGCGACGGCUUCUCAGGAUCGGACAGUGAAGCUAUGGGACCUGUCAAAUACUCUUUCAAUGGCUCAAGAUGGGGAGGUUCAGCAGGGGGACUCCCCCGCAAAACUCAAAUCGUUAUUGACGAUGCAAAUCCAUGACAAAGAUAUCAACUCGAUCGACUUUUCCGCCGACUGCUCAUUGUUGGGCUCCGGAUCACAGGAUAAAUUGGGCAAGUUAUUCUCCGUCGAGCAUUCGCCCAAGAUGGGCACAUCCUUAAAGCUAUCGGGGAUCCUGAAGGGACAUAGUCGUGGGAUCUGGUCGAUCAAGUUCUCGAAACAUGACCCAUAUGUGAUCACUGGCUCAGGAGAUUGCACAAUCAAACUGUGGUCGACCGACCGAAAGCUCUCGAAACACUCGGAGGCCGAGGAUGCAGUAGAUGGCUUUGGGAGCUGUUUGAAGACCUUCGAGGGACAUUCGAACUCGAUUCUUCGUCUAGAUUUCAUCAACUUUGGGCAACAGAUCGUCUCGGCCUCGUCGGACUGCUUACUGAAACUCUGGGACAUCAAGACCCAAGUAUGUGUGGCCACGUUGGGAGACGAAGAGGAGGAAGAAGAAGGCUUAGAGGCGCCUAUGAGGAAGAUGAAGAUGAUUAGCGACAGUCAUGAGGGCAAGAUCUGGGCCUUGGAUGUGGUGGAUGAGGCGGGCAGUCAGAUGCUCUCAGCGGGGGCGGAUUCACGACUGAUCUGUUGGCAGGAUGUGACGGGUGAGAUCGAGACGAAGAAGAUCCGGAUGAAGGAGCGGGAGGCGGAGAUCAACCAAGACCUGGAAAACUUUGUUCGGGUCAAAGACUUUGGGGCGGUGAUCCGACUGCUGCUGAAGCUCGACAAGCCGGCCCGGCUGCUGCGACUGUUCACGGACCUCGAGCGGGCCGAGGGGGAGCCGGGUCUGGACGAGUUUGGCCCCCUCGACCUCGAGCGCUCCGUCACCGGCUCCCUCGAUAUCGACCGCGUCAUCCAGAACCUCACGCCCACUGAGCUCGUCAAAUUGCUUAGACAUAUCAAGAGCUGGAACGCCGUCAAUCGCUCUAGCUUGGUCGCUCAGAAACUGCUCUUCUUGAUCUUCAAAUCCAACGCCGCCACCCAACUCCUGUCUCCUCAACUUUCGUCCGAUCUCGAUCCUGAUCAUCAAUCUGAUGACCUCGAGCUUCUUCAAAAUCAACAUCACAAAAAUAUUAAGAAGAAGAAAAAUGGCGAUAACGUCGCUAAACUUCCUUCUAAUCAUCUCCUCGAAUUGAAAGAUACCUUGAAGGUUCUUGCGGCUUAUUCGGAUCGCAAUCUCGUCAAAAUCGAUAAAACCGUCCAAGAAUCUUUCUUGAUUGAAUUCUUGUUGAACCAAUUUAAUUAGGCCAACCUCUUCCUCAUUUUUUUUUUUAGCAAAUUGAAGUUUUGUUUUGUUUUUUUGAUUUGGAAUGAUUGCAACAUGGAAGAAAAAAAAACCCAAUUGUGUGAAUAAGCAUUACUAGUGGGCUACAUCACAAAUGGAAGUAAUCUAUUUC